CCUGAUAACCGUAGAAGAAGAACGCGGCGGAAGAAGAAUUACAGUUUUUAUUUCCGAGUGACCUAUUUAGCUUUUUAUUUUAGCAUCGUCAAUAUUUAAUGUCCGAAACAAUGGAUUUAGGUACUACGGUGGUUAAAAUCCGACUAUUUUGAAGCGUGAAACUAGGUUUUCCUUUAGUGGAAACUUAUGUUUGCUUAAAGCCAAUCAAUAGUAGCUACUUUGAUGAGCUAAACGUUGGCGUUAUCAUAAUGACGUAUCUAGCGAUAGCUGCGUCUUAAAUUAUAACCUUUUGUUCGUUGUAGCGCACUUGCUCAGUCUACUUACCCUUUUAACACAGCAUAUUUUCCACUUCUUUGCUGGAAUCUUACAACAUUCUUGGAUGUUCGGUGUGUCAGGCGGUCACUUCACAUCCCCAUGUCUGCGGAGGCUUCAGUUGGCAGUCAUGCCGCCGACUCUGCCGAUUCUGCCAUCGCCCCACCUUCUUGCUACAACACGGAUGAGCAGAGAUACCCGAGCCUGCUGGGAAGCAAGUAUGUAAAGUUAAAUGUGGGUGGAACGCUGCAUUAUACAACCGUCCAGACACUGAGCAAGGAGGACAGCCUGCUGCGACGCAUAUGCAAUGGAGAAACUGAGGCCACAAUCGACCCUGAAGGUUGGGUGGUGUUGGAUAGGUGUGGCCGGCAUUUUGGUGUUGUUUUAAAUUUCCUAAGAGAUGGCUCCGUACCGCUGCCAGAUGAAUGCAGAGAACUGGACGAAGUCCUGAAGGAGGCCCAGUAUUAUCAGAUCCAGGGACUCGUUCAGCAUUGCAUUAGUGCUAUGCAGAAAAAGAAAGAUAUUCUGGAGAGUGUUUGCGGCAUCCCCAUGAUCACUUCAGCCAAAGAAGAGCAGAGGAUGAUUGCUUCCUGUAAAAAGCCAGUAGUGAAGCUACAGAAUAACAGAGGAAACAACAAAUAUUCCUACACAAGCAACUCCGAUGACAACCUGCUCAAGAACAUCGAGCUGUUUGACAAACUCGUGCUGCGCUUUAACGGCCGAGUCCUGUUCGUCAAAGACGUGCUCGGGGACGAGAUCUGCUGUUGGUCCUUCUAUGGUGAAGGUCGCAAGAUUGCAGAAGUGUGCUGCACCUCCAUUGUCUACGCUACGGAGAAAAAGCAGACCAAAGUUGAAUUUCCUGAGGCCCGGAUAUUCGAAGAAACACUCAACAUCCUUAUCUAUGAGAACAAUAGGAGAUCCGGUCCAGGGGGGUUGCAUCUUUUAGAUUCCCGAGGCUCUGGUUCAUCUCUUGGAGCUGGACAGUCAGAAGAAGAAGGUGCAACCGGCGGUGACCGACGAGUAAGACGGAUCCACGUCCGGAGGCACAUAAUGCACGACGAAAGGGGACACGGUCAGCAAACUGUAUAUAAGGACUGAUGGAAGACUGUUUAUUUUGCUUUUUAUUUUUUGUUGAAAGCUUGCAGGAUGAAAGGAAUUGCCAUGAUAAUAAUAACCACUUGGUAUUUACUCCUUAAGUGUUCAAACACACUUGAAAAAUCUCAGUGAAUGACUGAUUUGCAGCAGAGGUUAAAGUCUGGAAAUGUUUACAAAAAAAAACUAUCUCUGUACAUACUUUGAUUUUGAGAAAAACUGUGACUGAUACCGUCAUGAGUUUAUUAGGGAUUUUUCAUCUGUAACCGAGUGAGCGCAAUAACCAAACUUAAACCCUGCUGAUGUCUUGGUUUUCUAUGUGGGAGUUCAUGGUAUGCACUGGGAGCCUCCUAUGUCUUUCAUUUGCAGGAAACGCCAUCAGUUUGUAUAGGUUGUCAAAUCUGUCAUUUCUAUUCUGUGUUUAAAAAUGAAGGUAUUGGGGAGAAGAUGAGACGGGUUGAUAUGGUCAAGUCUUGACCUGGUAACACUGGAAAAAAAGGUUUUUGUCAGAUUUUCAAUGAAUGAGACUGUUGAGCAGCUCAGUUUUUUUUUCUUUAUUUAAAAUAUUGCAGCUUUUGUUUCAAGAUGUCUUAUUAAUUUAUGAACCUAAUUUAUUGAUAUUUAACUUUUGUAUUAAAGGCAAUCUUUGUGUUAUCUGGUGUUAAAAUGAAUUUCAGUUUUGGGAUGAUAAAUGCACUCUUGAGCAAAGAUUUUAAAUAUUCGGAUUAAUGAAGCAUAAGCUUCCUCUAUUGUUUAUUCAAGAAUAACUGUGAUGAUUUAUUUGUAUGUUAUUCUGAGCCAUGGUCUGCCACAUUUGCUUUGUCUUUCACAAAUUCAGAGAAUUUUUCCUGUUAGUAUAAAGAUAAUAUUGACAGAUUUUCUUUUUCCUCAGGGGAAGGAGGUACUUAAUUUCUAUUUUUUGCUGAUGACUUGUGUAAGCUUAAGCACUCUAAAUAGUGAAAAAGAAAAAAAAACAGCAUUGAAAGAGAGCAAUAUGUGUUGAACUCUUUACCACAGAAUACCUUGAAAUAUGCACUAAUGGUACUUCCGUCCCAUAGCCAUGAAAAUGAUGACAAUAAAAUGCUUUUGAAAUCCA